GCUGCUGACAGAAAGCACUGACAGCACAGGCAAAGUAGGAUCAGUUCCUCAGGAGCCCCCACCGCGACCACUGCAGACUGCGGGACUGGGGGCGGGGGCACGCACAAUUGUCCCCAUCCUCCGCCCCGCCUAGCGAGUUCUGCCUGAUCUCUUGGCCUAAUUCCCUAGUGAAAGUCCAGAGCCGGCUGUGGAGAGGGAAGGCCAUUGCCCCACCCCGCCUUGCAGUCCUCUGUCCCGCUGGCGCAGGGCCUUAGUGCCUCGGGAGCCGGCUCUCGCUCCGGGUGACCCUGGUAGUCAGCGCAGCAGGUGCAGCCCAGAGGCAGCUCGUGGCAGAUAUAGAUCUCCAGAGUGGCACUCGUGACAUCUGUGAAAUUACUCCAGGCUUUCAGCCCUGUGUUUGAUAGUCUGCUGUGAAGAUGGCAGCCAGGGUGAUUUGGGGUAGCCUCAGCCUGCUUCGAGUCUUGUGGUGUCUCCUUCCCCAGACUGGCUACAUACACCCAGAUGAGUUCUUCCAGUCACCCGAGGUCAUGGCAGAGGACAUCCUGGGUGUGCAGGCUUCACGGCCCUGGGAAUUUUACCCCAGCAGCUCCUGUCGCACUGUGGUCUUCCCACUGCUGACCUCUGGCUCUACCUUCUGGUUGCUCAGGCUCUGGGAAGAGCUGGGGCCCUGGCCUGGUCUGGUGAGUGGCUACAUGCUGCUGGUGGGGCCUCGGCUCCUCCUCACUACUCUCUCCUUUGCCCUGGACUGGGCUAUGUACUAUCUGGCCCCGCUGUGGAGGGCAGACCGCUGGAAUGCCAUGUGCCUGCUGUCUGGGUCCUAUGUCACCCUGGUUUUCUACACAAGGACUUUUUCCAACACCAUCGAGGGACUGCUCUUCACCUGGCUGCUGGUGCUGGUGUCCCCUUAUGUGGCAUGGAGUCCCACAUCAAAGAAGCCUCCCCCAGGCCCAUGGUGGCACAGCUGCCUUCUUGGUGCUAUUGUGGCUGCUGGCUUCUUCAAUCGGCCAACCUUUCUAGCCUUUGCUUUGGCCCCCCUCUCUCUCUGGGGCAUCCAUAGAGCCUUGGAACCUGGCAUCAAGGCCUUGAUCCAGGAGGCCCUGGUGCUGAUGCCAGGGGCUGUUCUGGCUGCAGUGCUGUUUAUAACCACGGACAGCUGGUAUUUCUCCAGCCUCUCAAGAUCCACUAGCCUUGUUCUUACACCUGUCAACUUCUUGUACUAUAACCUGGAUCCCCAAAACCUUGCAAGGCAUGGCACACAUGCACGGCUCACUCACCUGGCAGUCAAUGGCUUCCUGCUCUUCGGGGUAUUGCAUGCUCAUGCCCUGCAAGCUGCAUGGCAACAACUCCACAACUGUCUCUGUGCAUUUGCACAAACGGGCUUCUUGAGGGCGCUGGGUCACCAGCGCCUACUGCCUAGUUCUAAGUCUUAUCUCCUUCUCCUUUACUUCACACCCCUGGUCCUGCUAUCUGCCUUUAGCCACCAAGAGGCUAGAUUCCUGAUUCCCCUCAUAGUCCCUCUAAUCCUGCUUUGCAGUCCACAAACACAACCUACACCCUGGAGGGGAAGCCUGGUCCUCUUCAAUGCCCUCGGUGCGCUCAUCUUUGGCUGCCUGCAUCAGGGAGGUUUGGUACCUGGCCUGAAGUACCUGGAGCACAUAGUCCAUGCACCUGUCCUCCCAGGCAGGACCACCCACUACACACUUCUCUUCACCCACACCUACAUGCCUCCUCAGCACCUCCUACACCUCUCAGGCCUGGGGUCGCCUGUGGAGGUGGUGGACAUGGCUGGGGCCGAGGACUGGGUCCUGUGCCAAGCCCUGAACAACUUCAGCAAACAACCAGCCUGCCAAUGGGCUGGUGGGCCCCAGCUCUGCCGACUCUUUGUAGUAACUCCUGGGACCAACAGGCACGCUCUGGAGAAGUGCAGUUUCCCUCUCAAGAAUGAGACUCUCUUGUUUCCUCACUUGACCAUGGAGGACCCUCCAGCCCUGUCCUCCCUGCUCAGCGGGGCUUGGAGGACCCACCUUAGUCUUCACAUCAUAGAGCUGGAGGAGAAGCCUGUUAUGACAAAGCAGCCAUGGCCCAAGAUUCCGCCAUAGAAGGUGCCACGCCACACAGGCUGCUGGGCUGGGACAGGGGAUCAGGACUCCCACUGCUGUCUCUUCUGGGCAUAGCCACGGGUUGUUCCUCUGGGUGACCCACAUUCCUUUCCCUUAGACACCAAAGAUCUGACCAGUCAUGGUCCCGAUGCCAAGGUCCCCAAAGAAACCUGCCAUACCCACUGGCA